CCGUACUGGAGUCGUGUGUCCUUCCGCGUCUAACAAAGGAGAUCGCCGUUAUUGCUUUUAUCAACGUAUUGCGUUUACUUGAUUUUCACAUCUCAAUUUAUUCCAAUGCAUUUAUAUGUGUGUUAGCUGAAUGUAUAGUGGGCUUUAGCAUCAGUGGGACAUUCUAGAUCUAUUUAUUCACAGCGGUAGGAUAUUUUGUGAAACUGCCUGGUCUACCUUCUUUUUUCCUCUGUUGGAAGCCAUGAUGGAAGUUUGAGAGUUCAGCUGGGAGAGAAUCGCGAAAAGAAAAUGAUUCCCUCGGACGAAACCAUUAAAUACCAUCCCUCUGAAUAAUCACCGGUAUACACUUUAUUUAAAUUUACGGUGGAGCCUGUCACUUCCUCUGUUUAUUUGUUCAAUCUAAGGACUACGAUGAUCCGUCGCUAGGAGGAUUUUGGGGAAGAAAGGGGCUGCUAGCUAGCCAUUGUUGCUAGCUAGAAAUGCUAGCCAGCUAGCUAGCUACGUCGUGAGUUGCCUGGGAAAGGGUUGUCUGAAUUUAUACGUUAGCAGCAAUGGAGAGGGUUCUCUCCUCUCGGUGGACCUAAUCACGGCGGCUGUAGCGGACUCAAAGACUUUGGCCGUGUCUAAUGCGUUCCGAUCCGGGUUCUCGAUUUUUGGAUAUCUUCUCACUUGGUGGGUUGCACGACAAAUUCCAGGAUUGGGAAAGUCGGGCCUGCUGUGGUGGAACCGAGCAAGGCCCGUCUUUAUGAUCCAGAGGCCAUUCUAAUCCUAUUCACAACGACAACCACUGUGCUAGCCUGCUAGCCCUGUCACCGCAAAGGAAGGAGCUGCAAAACCAGGAGAAGCAAGGGUGAUCGUGGGACAAAGCCAUUGCAGAGGAAGCAAAUAUACAUUGACAUAACUGAUAGAAGCUUAAGGACUUUGCAAUGGCUGCAAUAAUCAAGGAAAUUGUAAGUCGAAACAAACGAAGGUAUCAAGAGGAUGGAUUCGAUUUGGACUUGACAUACAUAUAUCCGAAUAUCAUCGCCAUGGGUUUUCCAGCAGAAAGGUUGGAGGGAGUCUACAGAAAUAAUAUAGAUGAUGUAGUCAGGUUUUUGGAUUCAAAACACAAAAACCAUUACAAAAUAUAUAAUCUAUGUGCAGAACGACACUAUGAUACUGCCAAAUUCAACUGCAGAGUUGCACAAUACCCCUUCGAAGACCACAACCCCCCUCAGCUGGAGUUGAUCAAGCCGUUCUGUGAGGACCUUGACCAGUGGUUGAGUGAGGAUGACAAUCAUGUGGCCGCCAUCCACUGCAAGGCAGGCAAAGGUCGCACGGGGGUCAUGAUCUGUGCCUAUCUGCUGCAUCGCAGGAAGUUCCAGGAGGCCCAGGAAGCCCUGGACUUCUACGGAGAAGUCAGGACCAGGGACAAAAAGGGGGUCACCAUCCCUAGCCAGCGGCGCUACGUAUACUAUUACAGCUACCUGCUCAAGAAACAGCUGGAGUACCGGCCCGUCGCCUUACUCUUUCACAAGAUGGUGUUCGAAACUGUGCCCAUGUUUGGUGGAGGAACCAGCAGGGACAGUACAGUAAAAAACAGGAGCGAACCCAACUCCCAGGGCUUCAAGAAAGGGAGCUGGCACUGGGACCCUCAGUUUGUCGUGUACCAGUUAAAGGUUAAAAUACACACUUCCAACCCGGCCCACACCCGACGGGAGGAGAAGCACAUGUUCUUCGAGUUCCCACAGCCUCUGCCUGUGUGUGGCGACAUCAAGGUGGAAUUCUUCCACAAGCAAAACAAAAUGAUGAAAAAGGACAAAAUGUUUCACUUUUGGGUAAACACCUUCUUCAUUCCGGGACCGGAGGAGAGCGAGGAGCGUGUGGAGAACGGGUCAGUGGUGAACGAUAUCGGGGAGCUUCCGGCACAAACCCUGAGUGCCCCAGUGGACCGAGCCGGAGGCGGAGUGGGUGCGGCCGAUGGAGACCGGGACUACCUGAUCUUGUCCCUCUCCAAGAACGACUUGGACAAAGCCAAUAAAGAUAAAGCCAACAGAUAUUUCUCACCAAACUUUAAGGUGAAGUUGUAUUUCACAAGGACAGCGGAGGAGCCCUCAAACUCCGAGGCCAGCACGUCCACCUCUGUCACCCCGGACGUGAGCGACAACGAGCCGGAUCACUACCGGUAUUCCGACACCACUGACUCGGACCCCGAGAACGAGCCAUUCGACGAGGAGCAGCACACACAGAUCACAAAAGUGUGAACUCAUAACGAAACAAACAAAAAAAAAAAAAAAAAACAAGAAAAAACAACAAGAAGACAAAAUACCCACAACCAGAGAAAAAAAGGAGAAAACUUGAAAACUGAACUGAAGAAAGUACCUUUCAGCCCUCUCCCAAACGGCAAUAGAACAUUUGUGUCGCUUCAAAAGAAAACACGCCAUCAGUUAUAGAAGAAAAAAAAAAACAAA